GGGAUUGGUUUCUUCCUUGUUCACGCAUUUUAUUUCAUUUUUGUUCCCAAAAGAAAAGAAGAAAAAAUGUUGUUUUUCGGCGAUUAGCCCAUUACCAAUACCUUUCCUUGAAAUACGUAGCUUAACAGUUGUCUGGUUCCCUUGAAAUUUUAGAAAGAUGUCGCUGAGGAUUAAGUCGGUGGUGGAUAAGUUCGUGGAGGAGCUGAAAGAGGCUUUGGAAGCCGACAUACAAGACCGAAUAAUGAAGGAGAGAGAGAUGCAAAGUUACAUCGAGGAACGCGAGCGUGAAGUCGCCGAGCGUGAAGCCGCCUGGAAGGCCGAGCUCUCUCGCCGUGAGGCAGAGAUUGCCCGACAGGAGGCUAGGCUGAAGGUGGAAAAAGAAAACCUCGAAAAAGAGAAAAGUGUGUUGAUGGGAACAGCAUCGAACCAGGAUAACCAAGAUGGGGCGCUGGAAAUCACUGUAAGCGGCGAAAAGUACCGAUGCCUCAGGUUCGCAAAGGCGAAGAAAUGAGGCUCCUAUGAAGGAGCUUUGAUGUCUUUCCAGUUUGCUAUUUUUAGAGUCUCGAUUCAUUCUAUUUGCAUUGCUAAUUAUACACAAAUGUAGCUUUGCUUCCAAACACAUCCUAGUGACCGUAUCCAGUACAUGAUUCCAUGUUCAGCUUCGAAAAGGAAAAUUUGUC